AAAAGUGGGGACGGGGAGACCCGCUCGCCAGCGUGCGAUCCCUUUGGGAGCAAAAGCCAAGACUUCCUCCGUACCUGCCGGCAGCCACACGCUACCCUCCACCCGACACCAUGGUGCACUGGUCAGCCGAAGAGAAGCAGCUCAUCACCGGCCUCUGGGGCAAGGUCAAUGUGGCCGAAUGCGGUGCUGAGGCCCUGGCCAGGCUGCUGAUCGUCUACCCCUGGACCCAGAGGUUCUUUGCUUCCUUUGGGAACCUCUCCAGCCCCGCUGCCGUCCUCGCCAACCCUAUGGUCCGUGCCCAUGGCAAGAAAGUGCUCACCUCCUUUGGGGAUGCCGUCAAGAACAUGGACAACAUCAAGAACACCUUUGCCCAGCUGUCCGAGCUGCACUGCGACAAGCUGCAUGUGGACCCCGAGAACUUCAGGCUCCUGGGUGACAUCCUGAUCAUCCACAUGUUCACCCCCAGCCUCCAUCUGCCUCUGCAAUACUAG